CCUGGUGUGUGUGUACUGCCAGAGAGGGAGUAUACUAGGUAACACGGACAAUACAUUGAUAUUGAAACAUUUGAAGGAGCCCAUGUUUUGAAAAAAUAAUUUUGCUAGUUUAGCGUUUAAUCGCAUACAUUCGUCUUUUCGCGUAAGUCAGUCAAGUGUCACACUAACAUCCAGUGGCUUUUGUGGAUGUUGUGGGGUUUUGACUAGACAAACAAAAUCUCACUGGCUUCAGGAUGUUUCUGUUCUCCAAAAAGAAGAAACCUAGUGAGGAUUCCAUAAAACGCCUGGAGUACCAGCUGUGCUUGGCCAAAGAAGCAGGUGCUGAUGAUAUUCUGGACAUUUCUGCCUGUGAGCUUACAGAGGUUCCCUCCAGUGCCUUCUCCAUAUGUAAAGUCCUCCAGAAGAAAGUCUUAAUUCUUCAUGGAAAUGGCCUGAGGUCACUUGUUCCUAAAGGUUGCUGCAUUGGUGCCUUAGCAACUUUAAAGGUGUUGGACCUGCAUGAAAAUAAGCUCACAUCACUUCCUGAUGACAUUGGGCAGCUUUUGUCCUUACAGGUGCUGAAUGUAGAGAAGAAUUGCAUAAAACAGCUGCCGGACUCUAUAGGGGAUCUACGGAAUCUACAGACACUUAAUGUGAAAGAGAACAGCCUUACUGUCAUUCCUGUGUCUGUGGGACGCAUGAGCAGCCUGCGUACACUGGACAUAAGUGAGAACAGCAUUAGAGAAUUACCUAAAGAACUGGCCAGUGUUCGCACUUUGGAAAGCCUGAUCCUAGACGCACAGGUUAUGAGCUAUCCACCUGCGUCAGUGUGCACUGCCGGCACAGAGGAAGUGCAGUGCUACCUCUGCUCAGAGAUGGGUCUGGAGUAUUGCCCUCCAUCUCAGUAUCUCCUGCCUGUCCUGGAGCAUGAUAGAGGGAAGCAGGAGGUGGACUGUGUUGAUGGUGAGGAGAAAGCCUGGCAGAUCAAAUUCAUGGACUAUGAGAAAAGAAAGGAGCAGAAACAGCUGGAAAAGUUGAUCUUUGAGAAAGAUUUUGAAGAGAAACAGAGAGAGCACACUCAGCUCUUCCUCCUCAACAACUCCCGCAAAGAGGAUGUCUUGCUGUCUGUCAAACUGGAGCAGCAACGGUUGGAGUUAGGUGUGUCUCAGCAGCAGAAGGCCCAGGAAACAGAGAGGCUGAAAAUACUGGAUAAAGUACGUCUGGCAGAGAGCAAUAUCAUGAGUCGCAUCUCUGACCUCCUGCUUGAUAACAAACGCCAGGCAAAGAGUGCCGAGUUUCUGCAAGCUCUGGAGGAAGACCGGACGACUUUAGAGUCGUUAGGCCCAAAUUCCAGACAGGCAGGGUUAAUUGAGAGCGCCUGCAUGCAGGUCCCUCGCUUUACUGAUGCUAGUGCUAGAAGCAGAGCAGCCUUCAGCGAUAGCGACCUAAUGUUGGCGGACUGUAGCGGCUCGAAUGCGGGGCCUUUCAGGGUCCUCAGCACAGUGGGCAGGUCCCAUGAAGGGACGGAGGAAAUGCAGAAGGCCGCCUUUGAAGCCCUCCAACUCCAGAAGGACAGUGUGCAUGCUUAUAUCCGUAAUCAGAUUAAACUCAUAGAGGCAGAGUUAAUGCAGCUGACAAAGCUGGAGGUUAAGAGGAGGAAUUUGGACACUGAGAACCUGCAGGAGGUGCUGGCUGACCAGAGGACUGUUCUGACUGACCUGCUGCAGCAGUUACUCAAGCAAAAGGACCAAAGGGAGGAGGAGCUCAGGAUGGUUUUGGUGGAGAUGGACCAGAAAAGUGAAUCCAAUCAGCAGAACUACUGGAUGAUCCAAUAUCAGAGGCUCCUGGAUGCCAAACCUCUGUCUCUGCGGAUGCAGGAGGCAGCUGUGGAUGGGGAUCUGGGGAAUCUGCUGUGUAAACUCUCUGCUCAGCACUACCUGCCAGUCAUAGCUCACCACAGAAUCACUGCUGAGGCCUUGCGACACAUGACCACCAAAGACCUUAGGAAGUUGGGGAUUAAUGAGGUUGGCGUGCAGAAAGCUCUUCUCCACUGGGCCAGAGAACGCACUCUGUCUGACCCAUUUCCUAAAACUGCAAAAGAGAAGCAGGAAGCUGGUCCAUCCACUCCAAGUGCCCCACUUCAACAGCAGCUCACUCCUCCACUGACACCCAACACCCCCCUCACCCCCACUGCCCCAAGUCCUGAUAGAUUCAGCAGUUCCGAGUGUGUGGUGUGCAUGGAACAUGAGUCACAGGUGAUCUUCCUGCCGUGUGGGCAUGUAUGCUGUUGUCAGACUUGCAGCAAUGCCCUGCAGUCCUGCCCUCUGUGCCGUGGCUCUAUAUCUCAGCGCGUCCGUCUUUACCACGGCUGAAGAUGGAGAGCGUCCUUCCAUGGUCAGCAUCAUACGUCAUGUGUCGUUGUUGUUCCUUCCUUUUGGAACAUGCUGCAUGAAAUCAUAGUAUGUGAACCUUCAAGCACUUUAGAACAUACUGGAUUUUUUCUUCCACUCCCACUUCAACUACUAGCCAAUCAAAAAGGAACUUAUACAGCAAGAUCCAAGCUUCCAAUGGGAUUGGAAUUUAUUGUUCAUCAUAAUCUAGUCACUUUCCAAGAAAUUAAAAGCAAGAAAGUAUUUGUAACUCAAAUCUAAUAGGAUGACUGUUGUGAGCUUUAGUAUCGCCCUUGAUGUACCUACUCUAAGCACUUGUGCCUCUUCUGUAUUUGAUGUCAACUCAGCCCCCCCUCCAUCACUACAUUUUAAAUAUCUGCAUGUUCUCUAUAGUAAAGCUAAAUCUUCAUUCACUCACCACAGUCCGCCCUAUGCCCUGCCCUCCAUGUUAUUCUAGCGUCAUCGUAGUACAGUAAGAUCAAAUUUAUCACCAUUCAGGGAUGUUCACACCAAGGGUGAUAACUGUAAUUAUAAAGUUUUAAUCAUCAUUCUAAUUUUAUGAGAAUUGGGUUAUCACUCCACAGCUAUAAUGAUAACAUCACAGAGGAACUAUAUAAUUAGAAUCAUUAUCAAAACAAUUUUUUCCAACUGAUGAACGCCAAUCAGAAUCUGCCUGACUUGAGCAUUUAAAGUGGAAGCUGACAUAACUUCAGCGCACACUUAUAAUAAACAGAACGUUGCUGUCCGUUGGUGUGGUUGCUAAUACAGUUAUGAUUAUAGUUGUCCUUAUUCUUAUCUUACUGUUCUCUGUGUGAAUGGGCCUUUACCCUGCAGUUCCAGUAGAGAGUAUUUUAAUACUUCAACCAAUUAUGUUAAAGUCAUUUUUAAUUUUCAUUUUUAGUGUAAGAUUUAAAUUUUCAGUUUAAAUGUGACUCUUUGAAUAAAUUUUAAUUUACAGAACAGAGCCUUAUAAAGACUUCAACAUUGAAAUAUUUUGAACUGGCUUUGCAAAACAGCAUAAUCGGAAAUUAUAGGUUGAAGCUGAAACCUUUCUGAAGGCACUGUACUUGCUGUAUAAUGCUCCAACCAUUCAUCCUAACAAAUGCACUGUCAGUCCUUUUACACUGUCGACUGUCCAGUUUCAGCAACUUCAAAUAUUGCACACACGCGAUAGUCUUUCCUAAAUCUGUGUACUUCUGUGAACCUCUCUUCGUCCAAGUGCUCUUAUAUGCAAGUCUGCUUCUCACUGAACAUGCACAGAAUGAAAAAAGAACUCAAUCUGUCUGUAAAUAAAACAAUAUUCAUUUAAUUUCUUAUUUCAAGAAAGGAGCUUUAAGUGUUUAUCAGCAUGAUAAAUCACAUCACAAACUUUUAAUCCAAGUGCUUUGUGUGAUAGUUAUGCUUUAUGGAUCAGACUGGACAAAUAGUAUUUUAUUUGCUGUGCAUCUGUAAUUUAAGAAAGAAAAAAAACGAUGAAAGCAUCACAAUGCUUAGUAGAAUGUGUAAAAGGAGUUACUGUAGUAUAAACUACCUUUUGAUGGCAGGUUAUUAUUAACUUAUAUACACACUGUAGUCCUGCUCUUAUUUUAUGUCAUAAGAACUGAUAAAGUUUCUGGUCAUUUUAUACAACACAAAUGACACUUUAUCUGUGAUGACAAAGUGAGAUUGAAUCUCUAUGUUACAUUCAUUUACAAUAUAUGUGCUGCCAUUUCAUGUUUUCAUUUGUUGUCUAUGUAUUCAAAAUAAAAUUUAAUUUUUUUUUAGGUUUUAUAGUUGUACCCAACCAACCACAUCCAUUGAAGUGCUGCCUAUUCAUUUUUAAGUGUUAUAACACCUGUCAGACCUCUGCUAAAUAAACCUGCUAGACAA